AUGAAAAAGUUUACUUGCGUUCGGCCCAACUUCUCAUCUUCGUUGGAAUUCUUCAGCAAAAAACUAGAAAUCCAGGUUGAAAUUUUGUCAACUGUCAAUUCUUCCGCAUGGUAUGCAAAUUUAUCACGAGGGAAAGAUCUAGGUAUAAUAAGACUCAAAGUAGACAAAGAAACCAAUGAGUAUUUGGAUGGGAUGCUAGACUCGGCCACUACGUUUGGCUUCUUUGUGAAACUGAACACCAAUCUUUUAAGUUAUGGUUUUAUGUAUCGUAUCACAGCCUCUAAGCAGUGGAUCAUUAAACCAUUUAAAGACAAGCCAUUACUUGUUGACAGACCGCCUCAUAAAUACCUGGAAGAUAUCGACUACCUAUCAGUCAAAGUUUCGAACGAUGUUCUACGAGGGAAGUCCACGUCGUUGCGCAUAAAUGAAACAUUUCCAGAUUUGGUUAAACAUUCUAGAAAGUACAUGCAACUUCAACAAAAAAAAGCACAUGAAUCCAAGGACGUGUUGAAAUCAAUUGAUCCUAUUGAAUUUUUAUUGGACCAGUAUUUUACCAUUUUGUAUGAUGAUUCCUUCGUUAUUGAACGUUUUGUCAAAUUUUCAGUGAGUAAAAUGCAUUUAUUAAAACACAAUAAUUCACAACUUGGCAAAGAAUGCUUGACUAAAUUAUUGGUUCAUUCGUUGCAUAAAUUCGAUAAGAGAUAUGAUAUUGCAGUAUCUGAAGGAACGGAGGUCUCUGAGUUGAUCACCAAAUGGUUAUCCCCCGAAAUACUAUUGGAUCCUCUAGAAAGUAAGUUUAGGGAGAAUAUUUUUAACAAACUCGGUAUCGACAAACAGGCUAAAGUAACCUUUACCGAUAAUGGAAAAAUUGCUGAAUGCUUUAACAAUCUAAAAAUCAGAGAUGCAAAGCUCCAAAUUUUGAUAGACAUGGAACUACUAAAGGUAAUCAAAACAGAGGACCCGGGGACCAGGCUGACCCCCAUCCAUGUACCCUCCACAGCUAAACCAGCCAGACCAAAGGGGAAAAGAACACAGUUAAUAUCUAAAAGAUAUUCAAAUAAACCGACAGAUAAAAAGAGACGUCUUAUACCCACUUUAUUAGGUUCUGUAAUACCCGAAGAUUUUGACGUUGAUGUUGAUUUGCGUGGUCAAUCUGAACCAGAAGUCGAAAUAACAAGGGAAACAUUAGAAAAGCUUAUAGAAGGGUUAUUUGAAAAGUUGUGCGUAUGUGAUGCGAUUUAUGGGUGGGAUUAUAAAGACGACAAAUCGUCAUGGGGAUUUGUAUUAAGUUGUAUUCUACCGUAUUACGAGAGGAUUCACCGUCGAAUAAUCUCUAACUUGGCCAUCAAAUCAAGAGGACCGGCGUACCUUCUUAAGCUGAAGACUAGGAAAGAAAAGAAGGAGAAGGAAGCCAAAAGACAGCGCAAGGGGGUGGAGAAGUCGCACAAAUCAACAGAAAGAAGAUCCACAAAUAUUGAUCUAUCUAAAAUAAAAUUGACUAGGCAAAAUUCAAGUUUUAGUAGUUCUAAAAUUGAUUUAUCUCGAAAAAUCAUAAGUAUGAAUGAGUCUGUAAGUAAUUCAACAGGUUUGGUUGAUGACGCACCUUUUUCUAUAGAGCGUGUUGAUUCAUCGAAUGGCUUUAUGAACAAUAAGAAAAGAAAAUUGCAGGCACCUGACGCCAAAUCUAAUCAACAUCCAGAUGAUCUGUUAGGAACGAAUGUUACUAAACCAAAGCAAGUGGUGCAACCUUCUCAAGAACCUAUUGACCUUUUCUAUCAUAAUCAAAUAAUAGAAGCCACUCCUCGUAAGCAAGAAUUAGAGAAAAAGCAGACAAUUCCAGAGUUAUCGUAUAUUAAUGGAAAUACUCCACAUCAAGACUCGGGGAUAAUUGCAGGUAGUUCUCCUUUUAGAAUGGUUUCCUCACCGUCCAAGAUUAUCACACAAAUCACUGAAACUUCAAACCUAGAAAGGAUACAAGUCAUGCCAGGUGUUUUUGAGUUUGGGUCCUCACCUGCAAAAACAAUAAUUGAAUCACCAAUCAUUAAAAGUUCGAAACAAACACAAGAUUCUGAACCAAAUUCCUCCGUAAAACUUAAUCCUAUCAAAUCCACUAAAAGAAAAUUGAGCUUCAAGUAG